AUAAACAGUAAAUUUUAUUAUAAAAUAUUAAACUACAAAAAUGUUAAUGCGUCACGAUUCUAUGACAUUUAAUAUGGAUAUGGAAACCCCUCUAUUUAUAAAAGAGUGGGUUCCUAAAAAUAAUGUACAAUAUUAUUUAACAUUAAUUUUUAUUAUCAUCUUGAGCAUUUUUUAUACAGCGAUUUCAGCUUAUAAAUCACAAUGGAAAUGCAAACAGAAAAUAAUUUGCAUGAACUGCUCUAAAUUAAGAGAAAUAGAUGUUUAUUAUCGGCCGGAAAUCAUGAGGAAUGAAAAUAAUAAAUAUAUACGAACGGUACCGUCUUUUCGAUUAUCAGUUGACUUUUAUUGGGCAUUUUUACAAUUUGUCUCAUAUUUUUCUUCAUUUCUUUUAAUGAUAGUUGUAAUGACUAUGAAUGUUGGAUAUUUUUUUGCGGCACUAAUUGGCAUAUUUAUUGGAGAAGUUUUAUUUUCUCGAUAUAAUUAUACAUUUAUUAGAUCAUGUGAAAUACCUUAACUAACGACAUUUUAUUUAUUAUAACU